AAAACUUAUAACACUUGAAAUGCCCUCAGCGUCCAGCUAAUUAAAAUAAAUCUUACCAUUAUACUGUUGUGGUCUGUGUGCAAAUGUUUGAUAAGAUAAAAUCAGCAAAUAAUAUUUGCAUUUAAACAAAUUCUGAGUGUAUCUUCAUAUUCAACGUUCUUCUAAAUACUUGCCAUACUAGCGACUGAUUUAUUUUAGUGUGAAUUCGUGAUUCUGCUCCUGUCAUGCCUGUUGGUGUCCAAAGAGAUGGUGGCUGAGCCAGUCAUAGAGUGCCCCCUCGUCGAUGUCGGCAAUAGUACGGAUUCCGUCACGGUACACAACAUCACGCGCUCAGCGUCUUGCAAGACCGGCGGCGGCUUACUGGGAUGCUGUGUUGAGAGAAUGUAUUGUGAGUUCAAUACUUCGAACAUCGAUCUGACAUUGUAUGGUCCGCCCGGGUUCCGUACGUCUUGCAGCUGGAAGGAAGUUUGCUGCCCCGCACGGUACCUCCAGCCAAUACCUCUCUUUAACAGUACGCAGACGAUUGAUGACAACGAUAUAAAUAUGGACGAUGCUUUUUUUAACGAAAAAUUCUAAUUAAAAAAAUAGCUAAGCCUGUAUAAAUAAAUAAAACCGGAGUGUGUCUUCCUCAUUUCAU